UCCGUGUUGGCCGCCUCCAAGUCGCGGGAAGGGGGGAGGGAAUGUGUGCGCUCUGGCGUUCUGCAGUGAAGUUGUGGGGGACGUCGUGACAUCCCACAAGCCAAGUGGAUUAGAGAGUGCAUCACCAGAGUUUAAUCCAAGGAUUACCUUCCGAUUUUGGCCAGCUGACAAUAUUUCUAGACUCGUGGCUACCACAUCUGUGGGAACGAGCUGCCGGAGUCCCUCUGUUGCGGGCAGCCACAGACAGCCUUAAAACGAUUGAAGACCGAAAUGAAGAGGCACAAGACGACAUUCUGAUUGGCUGAAACUAUGGAAUCAAAGGAAAAAGAUAGGCUGCCCCCAAACGGGAUAAUGAGCUUCACCUUGUUUGUUAUACUUCCAACGGAAGACGUCUGCUCGCUUCGAAACCUUGCGUCAGGUGUCACUAUACGCGAGUUAAGAUGUCGUCUGGAGCUGAUGGCGGGGAUUCCCGCACAGAUAUACCGCUUGGUUUGUUCUGAUGAUGUGGCACUGCACGAAGAACACCGACUGGUGCUGGACAAGAAUGUGUGGGACGGGUUCAUCGUACGGAUCCAGCUCCAUGAUAGUUGGCUGCGUCUUUUUAAGGCUGUUCUGGCAGACGACGUUGAUCACGUGAUUCACCAUGGCGCCGUGAACUUUCAGAAUCAGAAAGUCGCCAACCCUGACGAAGAAGGCAAGUUCAAGGACAUCAUGCAGGAACGAGGCUUCGUGUCGUUGUUCAUCGCGAGCUACUACGGCCAUCUGAAGAUGUGCCAGACGCUACUGUCUCUCGGUGUGAGUGUGAACGGAAGAACGCCAUUUAAACGAACACCACUGCACGCAGCGGUCAGUCGGGACCAAGACCAUGUCAUGGACGUUUUGAUCCAGCAUGGCGGAUCUGUUGAGGUCAAGGACGCGGUGGGAGAUACUGUAGAGAUUGUAGCAAGAAAAUGUUUCGCUAAACAGUGUGUCAGGAAAUUACGAGUUCUGAAGUUACAAGGCUCUACUACGAAUGGAUAUGUUUCUUUGAACGGUACAAGUUCUGUAAGCUCAAACAGAAAAAUAAAACCUUUACACCCCAGUCCACCUGCUCAACAACCGCCUUCCAGACCAACCACCAGCAACAAUAAAGCUAGGCUCAUCAAACGUCAUACUGUGGCGUCAGUGAAUUUACAAUCUGUGCCACUUCCGGUUGGAGGUGACAAAGAGGAAGUGACGUCAUCGCAUCAACAUUUCAUGUGGGAUACCGAUACUCGUGACGGACGCAGUUCUAGUGCUUCUAGGUACCGUUUAGGACCCCCCAGCAAUAAUCACGUGAUGCCGAGAAUUGGAACGGCUAGUUCUAAAUAUAGUGUGUCGUGGGAUGACUCGACUCCUCGCACCCCCGGGCGGCACACCCCCAACAGACAUGGAUCGCUUCCUCAAAAACAGUCCAUACUCAAAAACAAGGGAGAGAACUUUGCCACUGUUCCUCCGCGAAAGUCAGUGAGCAGGGGCUAUUCGAGUACAAUACAUAUGUCCUCCCCACCCCGUGCCCCAAGUGAACAUGGCAGUCAGCUUUCCAUUGCGUCUGCUCCGGGCAUGGGUCAAGACUUUUCCGGUGGGAACAAUUCGGAUGCGCGGAGCGUGGAGAGCGCACCUGAGUUGCAGGAUGACAGUCAGAGUGCGGUUAGCAGUCGGAAAGAUUCCUCCAAACGACCAAGAACGAGGCUGUUGGUUUCACGAACUCGGACGAAUGAGUCCUGGCGGACGAUGAAGCGAAGAAUACAAAUGGCAGAGUCUAAGAAGAAAAUGGCGGGCGAUGACAAACAGAAGACGAAGGAGACGUUUGACGAAUGGCUGAACCGGAAGAGGAAACAAGAGAAGCGUGACAGCCGUGAGUCUGACUCCGAGGACAGUGUUGACAGUGACAACGAAGGCGGAAACUCUCAAGCCUACAACACCUGGCUAAAAGAGCAACGAGCGCGGCAGAUAGUCCGACCACAGACGGUCACUGUGGCCGAUCUGUACAGAAGACGGACACGGCCUCUGAAAGGACUGGUGACCGUUACUGACCACAUCGACGUACCUCUAGACCAUAAUGAAAACAUGGCGGCGCAUAGGAAAUGGCGUGAGAGGGUGAGCGGUGGUGGAGAAGAAGAGCAGAGGACAGGGUUGGAUGAGGAGAAGAAGAAGGUUGAGGAGAAGAGACAGAGCUUACUGGCCCGAGCUGUGUCAUAUGACGAAUGGAUGGUGCAUACGGAGGACCGGAAGAGGUUGAUGCAGAGGAUACUGGAGGCAAACAUGGCGGAACUGCAGAAGAUCGAGGAGGAGAAGCUGCAGAAGAGGGUGUCACGGCAGGUGUCGUACCCGCAGUGGCGGGACAAGGUAGAGAAACAGGAGACUGUGGACAGGACGCGCAGAGAACGACAGCGCAUCAAACAGGAAGAGGAGGACAAACGUCGUGGAGAUGUCCGAAACAGCGCGUGCGUUCCUCAUGACGUGUGGAUGAAGAAAAAGGAGGAAGAGAAUAAGAUGAGGAUGGAGAAGGAAAAGGAGAACGUGAGAAAGGUGAAGGUCAGAGCAAACGAGGAAAAGUCGGCUGCUUUUGAUGCAUGGUUGGAGAGGAAGCACAAGCAGGACCUGGCAGAGAUUCAAACCCAGAUCAAGCGGGAGAGAGACAUGAUCAAAGUGCUGAGAGACAGGCGACUGGCUUCGGUGUCCACUUGUUGAUACAGUAUAGGUGUCAGUGUUGGGUUUACAUAAAGCAUUGUGUCCACGUGUUCAUACAGCGUGGGAAGAGGUAAAUCAUGGUUGCAGGUAAAUUCUACACCUGUGAAUACAGUGACAGAUAGGGGUAUAGCACGUAUGAAGACUAAUUCCACUUUGUUCCACGUGGUGGUAAGUGUAGAGCAAAGGAAGAUCACGAAGUACACUAAUGUCCACUUGUGACGAACUUCGAGAACGUGAAUGUAGGAAACGAUG